UUUGGAAUUCUAGGGGAACGUUUUCGAGUUGUGGUUUUCCGUUCUUGCGUCACGGGGGAACGCCGGAUAUCAGAAUUCGCCAAGUUUCUACUGCGAGCCCCGCCCGCCUCAUUGAAUCGAAAAGCCAACUCGAUGCGAUGAAAUAUUCGUAUCGCUUGGAAUGUCGGUUUAUCAUGACGAAGUCGAAAUCGAGGACUUUGAAUACGAUGAGGAGUCCGAGAGCUAUUUCUUCCCGUGUCCGUGUGGAGAUCGCUUCGUAAUCACCAAACUCGACCUCCAGAACGGCGAAGAGGUGGCAACAUGUCCUAGCUGCUCGCUGGUUGUUAAAGUGAUCUACAACCCCGAAGACUUUCCCUACGAAGACGAGGAGAAAAUCGCGGUAGCCUCUAGCGCGACUCUCGCGAAGAAUUGA